AUGUUAUCCGAGUCUAUAACGCGCCAACUCGAAGAACUUCAACUCAUUAAAUGUUCAUUGCUUCCUGAUGAAGAACUCAGAUUUAUCGACGACAAUUCUGGAUGGACCGAAGCGUUAGAUGCAUAUUCCCUAGAUCCAGAUUCUACUCACCGCCUGGAAUCCCCAGCGCUCUUCAGCAUACGUCUUAUUGGCUAUAAAACAUGGUUUGAAGUUGCGUUUUCUGCCGCAGGGGGGAGAGGGAGUGCUGUAUCUGUCAAGGGCGAGGAUAUGUCGCGCUCCCAACAAGACUGGUGGAACUCUUUCAUUUCCAACAAAUUGGAGGAAAUCUCAGACUCGGAGUUCCCAAUUUAUCAACUCGUCUCCUUACAUUUGCUUCCGCUACUGCACGAAGAACACGAACGUCAUUGCGGCACUGACAACUCUCCCUUACCAGCAUCUGCUAUAGGGCGGUCUCCUGUCGAACCCUACCAUGUCCUGUUCACAUCUCAUCACCUAAUAUCCCCUAAUAAACGACGUUCUUUACAACAGUGGUCAUCCUCCUUGUCUCUGACUGGCUUUGCCAAAGUGGGCUACCCUGGCGUUAUCUACGCUCAAGGAGAUCGCCAGAACAUCGAAGAGUUUGUUGAGAAUGUCAAGGCCAUGCAAUGGCUUGCUUUGAAAGUGCGAUUUGUCGAACCUCUGCAGCCACGCGAAUGCGAUCGGACACUGCUUGAUGAUGAUUCAACGGAAGGGCACCCUCGCUGGAAAGAGUUUCAAAAAGUUGGCAAAGUUGUUGAGGAAAUGAGGAGAAUUGGCAGAGAAGAGUAUGUUGUUGAGAUGGGAAUUGGAAGUACUGGCACAAAAUGA